GUUAAGCCUUUAUUGCACUCACAUAUACCAGAUAUGCUAUACAUUUUGUAUACAAAACAAAAUCACAUGUGUUUUGUGAUUGAGUGUAAUAUUUAUCGCAAUUAAAACCAAAUUAAACCCAAAUUAUCAUAAAUAAUGACCGAAGAGGACGACGGAGGACAGAGUGCACCGAAGAGAGCGCGAAGUGAUGGCCAGAAGGCGAGGCGGAAGAAGUUCUUCGACGGCCAGAAGCGACAAAAGCGGCCAAAAGUUAUGCUAACUUUCGAUACGGACGACAGAAAAUCAUUUUUAACCGGUUUCCAGAAACGUAAAGCCGAGCGUAAACUGAAGGCCAAACACGUGUUGGACGAAGAGCUCCGGGAGGAGAGGUUGCGGGCGAAGCAGCGCCAGAAGGACCGGCUGUUGAAGCUGUACGACAGUCAACGCCCGACGGCCGACAUCGAGGCGAUGGCUCUCCCGGCGGAGGCCACCGAAACGUACGAACUGCCCAAACAGUUUGUCAGUAUCACCACAUUUGAUCCCAAAGACAUGUCCGGCAGUUUGGGUCUGAGUUUAGGCCAUAAUACCGAUAACAGUGGCGGCGAACAGUCGGCGGUCACCACCAGUGGUGGCCAUCAGUCGGACAACUCUGAGGACGACAGUAGCGAUAGUGAAGCGAAGAGUACCGCCCGCUCGGCCUCUGAGCUGAGGCAGCAGAUACUGGACGCCCGGAAGGCCAACAAAAUGGAGGCAUUGAAGAGUCUGAAGACGAAUAAGGCUUACCAGAGGAGGGAGAAGGAGAAGCACCGGAAGGACGUGUCGUCCGCCAAACAGAAGCGAAAAGAAAUGCGAAAAGAGAUGAAAAAUAUGAAACAAAAGACACUUUUGAAGAGACAAAUGAAGAACAAGAAGAUUAAUAAGAGUCGAGAAAGACGGAGACGAAGACCCAAACCCAAGAAGAAUAAGUGA